AUGUUAGCUGGUGUUUAUAUCGAUACCAUUUUUACAUUGACCUGUGCAACAAUCUAUACCUGGCUCUAUUUUAUCAUCACAAUUCUCCAUCAAGGCUAUUGUCCAAUGUAUUUUUAUCCAACUGAUAGUGAUUAUGUAGCAACAAAUUCAUCAGCUGAUGUCAUUAAAUAUCUAUCUUACUAUGGUACCGGUCCAAAUUUGAUUGCUAUUCAACUCUGCAUUGAUAUUCCACGAUACUUAUGUUUGGCUUAUAUUAGCAUUCGAUUGCCCAUUAUGGUCGUCAGUAAGAUUCGUCAAUAUCGGCAUAAUAAAGAAAGACAUGAAUUGAAUUACACACAAGAAGAACAAGCAUUGUUUAUUGCUGCACAACCAUAUUCUGUUGAAACGCUCUAUGUAAGAAAUCUUUUCCAUUCUGCUGAUGUACAUCCUCCUAGUCGAUCUUUCACAGCUCGCUUGCUACCGACGUCUAUCUAUGAAUGGCGUGAUGAUUUUCGUUUUUCAUCACGUAUUUUUUGUAUUUAUGCAGCUCUUUUUCUCGCACUGUUUGUACUUACCAUUAAAUUGACUAUUCGAGAGUUACCCAAUCUGCCACAUUGGCAAAUCACAAUUGAAGGGUGGACUGGUUCCACAAAUGCAAAGUCAGCUGAUAAACAGACUAGUACGCCACAAAAUCAAACGUCCCCUGCUUCUUCUGUAUCAGCAGUGAAAGUUCCAUUCUUCAUGGCUAUUUUUUCAGCACUCAUCAUUACUGUCAUUCAAGUAGUGGUCCUAUUAGCAAGUAUGCGACGCCAUUUAUUACAAAUAUUUCGUGGCAAUCAUAGUGAAAUACCUAAAAGAGAUAAUUUACAGAAUCUUUUGUAUGCAACGGGAAAUCUUCAUUUUGCUGGCUUUUUUAUCGGUUAUGCAAUUUGGGGUUAUAUUCUAUGUUUCUUACUAACAUUUUCGAUUUAUUAUAUUUUUGGUAAAUUAUUCGAAAAUAAUGGAAAAUUAUUUGAACGAGUACUAACUGUUAUUAUUCCAGUGAUUCUUUUGAGUAUGUUGAAAGUUUAUCUCAAUCUAUUUGUUGCCAAAUAUAUUUUCUUACAACAACGGAACCAGAUUCUUGCCAUUAAUAAUCAUCGUAUAUCAAUGAUUUUACUGUAUUUCGAUUUUUUUCUCGAUGCUUUUCUCGGCUUGGCUGCAUCAUUUACCCGUAUCUUGAAUAGUUUCAUAAUAACGAUCAUUUAUAUGUCACGUCUCGACUAUUCACCAUUGGGUCGGCAGCUCGAAUAUCGCGAUGCAGGCUUUUGUGCCUAUUCGGGUUUCAUUCAAAUGGAAGCAAUUCAUCGAAAUCCAGUUAUGUUGGCAUUUGCUAGCAUUCUUCUGAUUCAUCAAAGAGCGAAACAAAGCAAUCCGUCGUCGAAAGUACGUCAAAAAUGGCGUUUAGCCCUGUUACUGAUUCAAAAUCCAUCGUUAAUUAUCAUGCGAAAAGCAGUUCUUGCUCGAAAGGAAGGAAAUUUAGCAUUCUUGCAAACGAUGAAGACCUCUGGAUUGGAACACUCAACAGAUGCAAACUUUGAAAAUGCAUUGAAGGCAAUGUUGCGAAGUGAAUAUGUAGUUCAUGGAUAUAUCUCAUCGAAUGAUUCAGACAAUAUUUUUUGGAAAUUUUGA